AUGGCUGAAAGCACCGCCGAGCACAGACAGCGCUUCAUCAUUAAUCUGAUGCGAGAUGGAUUCGGACGUCAGGUGCUAGGCAUUAGCAGGCUGGGCCGGGACUCGAACAACUUCGCCCACCUAGUCGAGCUCGCCGAUUCAGUCUGCCAGCCCGCAACAUCAUCACCGACAGGUUUCAAGCCAGGAACAUCCAGUCUGCUAGCAGGGACUACCAAAGUGGUCAUUCGACUAUCCAAUCCCCAGGCAAUGCUAAACGAGGAUGUCCGAGUACAGAACGAGGUAGCUGCGAUGUGCUUGAUGAGACAGGCCCUCUCCACCUACCAAGACAGACUAAUUCCCAACACUUAUGCCUGGUGUCCGUCAGUAGAGGGGUACGGAUGGAUCCUUCAGGAGUAUAUGGCUGGCACCCAACUCGACAAAGAAUUUCACGGCCUAGACAGAGACCAUCAGCAGGAUAUCCUUCAUCAGAUCGCCGACGUAUUCAAGCUGAUCCAGAGCUACUCUCUUCCAAAGUCAGUUAAAGGUUACGGAGGGCUUUCUUUCAACGAAUCUGGCGAAAUUGUCACCGGACCGACGACAAUCCCGUGUGGUGGACCAUUUUCCGAAUUUCACGAGAUGUACACGCAGAUGCUCCGCCGACAGCUGAUCGAGUCUGAUACUUCGGAGCGGAUCGCAGGGUGGCGCCGGAACCAUCUCAGGGACCGUCUGGAGCGCUUUGUAACAAAUGGGAUUGCAAAGCAAGUCGCGGAGAAUUCCAUCGCUCGUCAGACAUUGGUUCAUGGUGAUUUUAAUACAUUUAAUAUGUUAUUUGAUCCGACAUCAAAUCGUUUGACGGCGCUCCUUGAUUUUGAUUUAUCUCAUAUCGCUACCCCAGCAGAUGAGUACUUCUACUCAUUCCGAACGGUGGGCGCUUUGUUAGCUGGUCCUUUCGAAGAAGGCGACGAAGGGCAACUUCGCCGGUGCCUCCUCGAUGGGUUCGAUGGGAAUAAUCUUCCUCAGAACGGUAGGAAGGUGGAUUUUGAGAUCGCUCAGAUGAUGGACAAGGAAUUUGUUCGCGCUGGUGUGCUUAGACCCGUGGAUAUUCAGGGUGCUGGAGAGCUUGCGGGGCUGAAAUGGUUUCUUGAAGACGUCUCGCCUCCAUACUUCUUCAUGUCGCGGUGGCUGGAACACAUGGAACCCCAGAAAGUCGACGAAAUAAAGACAAGCAUCGAAGAAAAUCUUGGAAAGUACCUGGAAAGAUGGGGAUUCUGA